UAACGUCACUGUCGCAAAGCGUGACUGUCGCGAACCACUGGCCGCCCAUUGAAGAUGGCGGCGGAGCUGCAUCCGCGGAGCGGAAAGCUGGUCGGCCUGUCCAACUCGAACCGAACCGCCCGGCGCAACCAGCCGGGCCAGGAGUUCAACCAUGGCCUGGUGCUCAGCAAGGAGCCGCUGCGGGACCGGGACGUCUUCACCGUGCGCAUUGACAAGAAGGUGAACUCGUGGAGUGGCUCAAUUGAGAUUGGCGUGACGGCACUGGACCCCGACGCGCUGGACUUCCCCAGCAGCGCCACAGGCCUCAAGGGCGGCUCCUGGAUCGUGUCGGGCUGCUCGGUGCUGCUCGACGGCCGCUCGGUCCUGGAGGAGUACGGCCGUGACCUCGACCAGCUAGCCGAGGGCGACCGUGUGGGCAUUCAGCGCAGCUCCCGCGGCGAGCUCCACCUCUGGGUCAACGGGCAGGACUGCGGCGCGGCAGCCAGCGGCCUGCCGCCCAAGCUGUGGGCAGUGGUGGACCUGUACGGCAAGUGCACCCAGGUGACGGUGGUGAGCUGCGAGCCACCGGCGCCCUCUGCAGAGAGGGAGAGAGAGACAGUAGAGCGGGACAAGGAGGAGGAUGAGGAGGAGGAGGAGGAAGAGGAGGAGGGGGAGGAGGAGGAGGUGGUGGUAUGCGGGGGUCGGGAGGAUGCAGGGAUCACCGCGCUGAUGAAUGUGGCAGCAAUGAAUGGAAUGAUGAAUGGAGACGAAGUGCCUGAGCUUAGCUGCAGUCACAGCAGACCAGACAAGUUCCCCAACAACCUGGAGCCCGACACGGUUCUGACGGAGCACCAGCUCUUCGACGUCUUCAACAACGCAAUAGUAUCUUUUUAUCGCUCAGAGGACGAGGGCGGAGGGGAGGAUGGUGGAGGUGGAGGAGGAGCAGGGGGAGGCAGCGGCGGAGGUGAAGGAGGAGGAAAUGCAGGAACGGAUUCCUCAUCCAGGAACGACAGAGGGAGCAGCAGUGGAGGAGGCGCAGUGAACAGCGACAGCGCGUCUGGGACAACAGGAGGAGGAGGAGGUGGUGUUGGUGGUGGCGGAGAUGGUGGAAAUACAAAUAACACUCCUGCUAGUAAUGGAGGGCUGGGGCCCGGGGCUCUGAUGACCACCAAUGACGCGCUGCUGUUCCACGAGAAAUGUGGCACGCUGAUCAAACUGAGCAACAACAACAAGACGGCGGAGCGGAGGAGACCGCUGGAUGAGUUCAACAACGGCGUGGUGAUGACCAACCGGCCGCUCCGACACAAUGAGAUGUUCGAGAUCCGAAUUGAUAAGUUGGUGGACAAGUGGUCGGGCUCAAUAGAGAUCGGAGUGACCACUCACAACCCCAACAACCUGGACUAUCCUGCAACUAUGACCAAUCUGCGCUCAGGUACAAUCAUGAUGAGUGGCUGUGGGAUACUAACCAACGGGAAAGGAACCCGCAGGGAAUACUGUGAAUUUAGCCUCGACGAACUUCAGGAGGGCGAUCACAUAGGGUUGAUGCGCAAAGCCAGCGGAGCCCUCCAUUUCUACAUCAACGGCAUCGACCAAGGUGUCGCGGCGGCCCAGACCCCCGGCGUGGUCUACGGCGUGGUCGACCUCUACGGCAUGGCCGUCAAAGUCACCAUAGUCCACAACCACAACCACAGUGACCGCCUCAGACGCAACAACGCCAUCAUGAGGGCUCUGUCGCCGGACGUCGGGCGGCCCCGGCCGUCCCUCUCCCUCACUCCGGACUCGGAGGGGCCCGACCGCCUGCUCUUCCACUCCAACUGUGGCCAGAAGGCGGCCAUCAUCAGUGACGGCAGGACUGCGCUGCGGCCACAUGCGACCGACGACUUCAACCACGGUGUAGUACUGAGCAGCCGGCCCCUGCGCUCCAACGAGGUGUUCCAGGUCCGCAUCGACAAGAUGGUGGACAAGUGGGCGGGUUCCAUCGAAAUCGGCGUCACGACGCACAACCCUGCGUAUCUGCAGCUGCCCUCAACCAUGACUAACUUGCGCUCAGGGACGUGGAUGAUGACAGGUAACGGGGUGAUGCACAAUGGAACAACAAUACUGGAUGAAUAUGGACACAACCUGGACCGGCUCAAGGCAGGUGACACAGUAGGCGUGGUGAGGAAAGAGGAUGGCAGCCUCCACUUCUUUGUGAACGGCGUGGCUCAGGGCCCGGCCGCCUGGAACGUCCCUCCCAGCAUCUACGCCGUGGUCGACUUGUACGGGCAGGCGGCCCAGGCAACCAUCAUGGACGACUUGGUGGACCUCCCCCCUCUCCCAGAGGACAGCUCCGAGGGCCCCAUGGCCAUGUCCCCUGGGAGCCCCUGCUCAGUAGCCGGGGCCACCACGACCAGCGACCUGCGUUUCCACCACCUACACGGCACCAAUGCUGUCAUCACCAACGGGGGGCGCACCGCCCUGCGUCAGAACUGCCGCAGCGAGUUCAACGACGCUAUCGUCAUCUCCAACAGGUGCCUUCGAGAAGGAGAGCUGUUUGAAAUCAUCAUUCAGAAGAUGGUGGACCGCUGGUCGGGUUCAAUAGAAGCAGGAGUGACGGCAAUCAGGCCAGAGGAGCUCGAGUUUCCAAACACUAUGACCGACAUCGACUAUGACACUUGGAUGCUCAGUGGAACCGCCAUCAUGCAGGACGGUAACACGAUGCGCAACAACUACGGGUGUGACCUGGACUCCUUGACCACGGGCUCACGGAUCGGCAUGAUGCGCUCGGCCAUUGGCGACCUCCACUAUUACAUCAACGGCGUGGACCAGGGUGUCGCCUGCUCCGGUCUGCCACCAGAGGUGUUUGCGGUGAUCGACCUGUACGGUCAGUGUGUUCAGGUUUCCAUCACCAGCUCCUCAGGGCCCCUGGACAACAGCCUCUGCACCAGCAACAUCACGGAGAAGAGCUUCCCCAUCCACUCACCAGUUGCAGGCGUUGCUCAUCGGCUCCACGGUAAACACGGUAAGAACGUGGUGCUGCUCGGUGAAGGCUGCCAGGCCAUCAGAGUGGGAGGUUACGCUCACGGCAUCAUGUUCAGUGCGAAGGAACUCAGAGCGGACGAGUUGUUUGAGGUGAGGAUCGAUGAGGUGGACGAGCAGUGGUCCGGUUCGCUGCACAUCGGCCUGACCACGCUCGCACCUCCGGAGCUGCCGUCCUGCCCGCUCUCCGGACUCUCGCCCUCCCUGCCGCACCUUCGCACCAAGGUCACCUGGCUGCUCUGCGGCUCUGAGGUGCGCCGCAACGGCGCGCUGCAGCGCCAGAACUACGGCUGCUCACUGGACCGGCUGACGGUCGGGAACCGCGUGGGUGUGAAGAGGUGCAGCGACGACACCAUGCACAUCUUCAUCGACGGAGAAGACAUGGGACCUGCUGCUACUGCAGUGUCAAAGAAUGUGUACGCAGUACUGGACCUGUACGGGCGGAUAACGGCCGUGUCCAUCGUCAGCUCGUCGUUGAUGGAGGACAUGGAGAGCGUCAAGGAGCCAUCGCUCUCCUCGGAGAGCUGCAGUGAAGGAGAGGAGGACAGCAGCCCUGUCCGAGAGGUCGAAACCGAGCCGUGCGUGCUGGCGCCCACCGUCAUGGCGUUCCUGGAAAACCACGGCAAAAACAUCCAGCUGUCCAACCAGAACCUGACGGCAGCCAGAGUGUCGAGCUACAACCAGGGUCUGCUGGUCGCCGCCCAGCCGCUCGCUCGGCAGCAGCUGUUCCAGUUUCAGAUCGACCGUCUGAAUCCGUCAUGGACGUCCUCGCUGUCGUUAGGGGUGAUAGGCCACUCCCCCGACCGGCUCAACUUCCCCUCCACAGCGUGCUGUCUGAAACGCUCCGCCUGGCUGCUGCAGAGAGACUCGGUCUUCCACAACUCGCUAAAGAUAUGUGAGAACUAUGGUCCCAAUCUGGACACUUGUCCGGAGGGGACUGUGUUGGGUCUGCUGGUGGACGCCAACAGUUGUCUCCACCUCUACGUCAACGGCAUGGACCAGGGCGUGGCGGCGCAGGACAUCCCGUCGCCCUGCUACACCUUCAUCGACCUCUACGGCCAGUGUGAACAGGUCACCAUAGUAACGAACAAUGUGCCAGCUGUGGGUGGAGAGAGUGGCGAGACCCGUUGUCAGGGCGACAUGGAGAAGGCCGACAUGGUUGACGGAAUCAAAGAGAGUGUGUGCUGGACGCCCCCUCCGGAGGUCAACCCCAACAAGACCUGCGAGUACCAGGCGCUGUGCUCCCGCUUCAAGGACCUGCUCACGUUACCAGACGGCUACUUCAACGAAGACGCAAAGUGCAACCUGUGCUACUGCGAAUCCUGCCACAAGCUUCGAGGCGACGAGGCGUAUUACAAGAGGGGCGAGCCGCCCCGCGACUACGCCCUGCCCUUCGGAUGGUGCCGCUUCGCCCUCAGGAUCAAGCCCCACUGUGAGGUUUCCAAUGCACUGAAGAAGUGGCACAUUGCGUAUCACGGCACAAGCGUAGGGGCCCUGCGGCGCACGCUGGACCACAGCCAGCUGCUGCCUGGGAUGUCGUCCAUCUUCUCGGUGUCUCAGGUGAAGGCGGAGGGGCCCAACGGCUACAGCGAGCCGGAGGAGAACUGCGCCCCCGGCAGGGAGGUUCCCAGGGUGCGGCUCUCCCCCACCAUGCGCUACUCCGGCUUGGAGAUCUUUGCUCCCAAAGUGCAAUUUCGGGACCCCCGCUCUCACCGCUGCCACCAGGCCCAGGUGGGAUUCCAGGUGUGCGUGCGUCCAGGCUCCUACAAGGUGGGGCCGCAGACGCUCGGGCACAGCGAGCCCCUGGACCCCCGCUUCAGCAACUCCGAGAUCGAGUGGAUCACGAAGGAGCAGGGCGGCACGCUCCUCUACGGGCUGCUCGUCCGGAUCGAGUGAAAGGCAUUCGAGGGAGGCAAUCCGGUUUGGAAGUGAGGAGGGGGAGGGUCCCCCCUUGUUCUUUUAGUAAAACUGACAACCAAAUCCAACCCCUGCCUUGAGCAAAGAGACUCCUCUGGAAUCCAGCUGUUCCUGCUGUGGAUUGUUGACAAUUCAGCAUCAUUGGGUUUAUUUUUGUUGGUUUUUGGUUGUUUGCUCUUGGACUAUUUUAACGGCCGGGGGCUACGGCGGUUUCAAAGAAGAACAGACACUGCCUGCACUUUACGUUUCGGACACUCGUGGGCGAUUUUUAAAAGAAACACUAACUCCUCAUGGACAACUUUUUUUAUUUUUAAGCCAAGUUUUCUUUUUCUUUCUGACCCAACAUCUUAUUUUCUUUCACCCUCACAAACAGCUUUUCUUUUUUUGUUCCUGGCACUUACUUUAACACUCAUCACAUCUGCUCUGGUCAGUGUUUUAUUUUUAGAGGAGCUGCCCCCUGCCAACCUGCACGUCGACAGACUGUCACAUAAAAAGACUGGAGUGUAGGUUAAAAACAAAAGUACGCAAGAGAGAGAAAAGACUGAGUAACAUAAAGAUCGAAGAAGAAAAAAAGAAAGACACUUGAAUCUGAGACUGAACCCGAGUGUCUUGUGAUUGUGACUUCUAUGGGGUGAGGAUUUUAAAACUGGAGGAAGAAAAAAAAAAAUGUUUACACAUGUACCACUGUCUGUUGCUGUCCUCUGCCUGUCUCCACAUUAAGAGUCUGGCAAAAUUAUCAGUCCUGUUUGCAUUUCUUUAAGGACCCAGGAAAAUUUGGACGAAAUUCCCAAUAUGUCUAUUCUCUCUUUUAAAAGGUGGUUGAGUGGAUAGAAGCCAAAAGGGGUCUCAAGUGGUAUCACUCCCACUCCGUUUACCGGGCGGGGUCUCCAGAGCCUAAUCCGAGGAGCAACGCGGUCAGCUGGACGUCAACUCGUCUGCACACCACGACCCAGUGCUGGCAUUUACAUGUGAAUGUUGUCAAUUAACAUCACCCAUUUACAUUGGUCAAAAAGGUUUUGUACAAGGUUUUUUUUUUAAAAUUUGAUCGUUUCUUCAGCAUCUCGGUCCCGUUGCCAAUUCGAUAAACGUGCUGCAGAACAUGAAAUCAUGAACUUUUUUUUUUUUUUUUUCCCCCCCAAGGCACAGUUUUGACGAGUCAAACUCAACAAUAGAAGCUCAGACACUUUCUAAGAGCAGCUGUGAUGUUGACCGAUGGAAGAUCUACAGGGGUUUGGAAAAAGGAAGAACUUCCUAUCAAAAAUGUGAAAAAUAAUAUUAUGGGUUAUUUACGGCCCAGUGCUGCUUUGUACAAUUUGAUUUGUAUUGUUUUCUCAAUUGUUGUUUUCUGUAUGUUGCGUUGUACAGGCUGUUACAUAACAAAUCAUAUCUUCCUGAUUUAUAAAAAAUAAACUGACGGACAGUAUGCACAGAAA